AUGGCUGAACCCGAGGAGGAAACCGCCCAGACGGUGGUGAAAAUGUCGCUUGCGACGCCGCUUAUCUACGUUUUCGUGAUGCUUACGGCGUUUGCCACCUUCCUGAUCUUGUACAGGCGUCAUAGGCUCAAGAAGCUCGUUUCUGUAGAGCCCAUUUUCGGCAGAAACUAUCUGUUGGAGCUAUAUGAGAUUUUACGGGAGAAAUACCUCGAUAAGCUGUUGCCAAAGGACCAGAGACCACCAGAGAAGGUUGUCAAGGCGGCGCUUUUGAGAAGAGCAGUGGAGACUAUUAGAAGAACGUUGAAACUCAAAGAGAACGAGCCAGUGUUCAACAAAUUGUAUCAGGAAGGCUUGAUUGGUGAUGAUGUGUAUAAGCAGUUUGAGUUGCAGAACAAGGUGCAGCAGUUGGAGCUUAAAGAGAUCGUGGAAGAGGCCCAGCUGUUUCACAAAGAGUGGCCUCCGCUGUUUUUUCCCGUGGUUCAGGAGAUCUGCUACAAUGAGGCUUUGAGAAGACGAUUGCACGUCAUGGACGAGCGCUCUGAACUGUUGUGUGAGUUGUGGAACUACUACGUGGAAAAGUCGGAGCCACGCAGCAAGGAUGCGUCGCCAGCACCCGAGAAGAAGAAGAAAAAGAAGGCACAGGCGUAG